AUGUCUCAAGUCUAUAGUAACUCCAAUAAUGAAUUCAUUUUUGGAGAAAAUGGAGGAAAAGGGAAGCAUUUAUCCUCAUUUUUAAAGAAUCUAUCACUAACAGGUUCCUCCAAUUCAUCUUCAAAUUCUAAUUCCAAAAGCAAUGAUCACUAUAAUGAUAUCAAUAGCAGCAUAUAUGGCAAUUUUUCGUACGGUGCUAAUUCACCAAAUGAGAAAAACGUUGAAAAUAGCGGGUCUAUUAAGACACCUAACUUUAAGAAAUCACCCUACCAACGGUCGGUUUCUGGGCCAGUAGGAGCAUCUUUUUCACAUUUGGCCACACCUCCUGGUGAUGCCAAGGUUUCCAGUAAUUCUAACAGCAAACAUGGCCUGUCAUCUCCAUAUAAGAAUCUGGGUCUGCAUGCAUCUACUGGUCAUAAAAGUGGACACCGUACAUUUUCAGGUCGUCAAAGAUAUGCCGAUUUGGAUGAUGAUUGGGAUGCAGAUUUGGAAGAAGUAUCUGUUCCCUCACUUAAUAGAGGUUCUCUAGAAAACAAGAAUUUAUCUAGAAUAAAUACUGAUAAUGCGUCGGCGAAUUCAACGAGGAAUUCUUUGAGCUUGCAGCCAAGCCCAAUGCUUGAUUCGUUGCAUCCCGAUCUAACAGUUCCCAUAAACACUCAUAAUAAUAAGGAUGAUUCCAAUAAAGAAUCAUUAGAUUACGACGAUUUACAAACUAAGUUAGAAAUUAACAAAUUGAAUCAACUUAAUGUGAAAUAUUCCAAAUUCCGCAAAAUGAUAACUAAUGAUACUAAUAUAUCAAUUCAAGAGUUAAGAAGGCUUUCGUGGAAUGGGAUACCGUGUGAAUUGAGAGCUAUUACUUGGCAAAUACUAUUGGGCUAUCUACCAACAAAUAAAUCUAGACAAAGUUCAACGCUAAAAAGAAAAAGAGAAGAAUACCUAGAUGGGUUAAGUGUUGUUAACUCACAAAUUAAAUUUUCGGAUGACUCUCCAUCGAAUAAUUCAUCAGCAUCACUUUCUUCUGCAAGUAAUAGUAAUAGUAACCGUGAUAAACAGCUUUAUCACCAGAUUAAAAUUGAUGUGAAAAGAACCAACCCCACCAUUAAAUUAUAUGCUUAUCCUGAAACGCAACAAUCCCUUAGAAAGAUUUUAUUUUUAUGGGCUGUUCGACAUCCUGCUAGUGGAUAUGUACAAGGUAUUAAUGAUUUGUGCACUCCAUUUUACCAGAUUUUUUUGAAUAAUUAUAUAUGGCAAUUGCAGAAGGUAGCUGCAAAUCGCCAAAAUCCCGCUGAUGAUAGUGAUAUACAAUUAUUCAUACCUGGCUUACUAGAUGAUUCUGAUAAUAAAGAGCAAGAAUUGCUUAAUGAUCCAAAUCUUAUGAACUACAAUAUUGGUAAUUUUAAUCCUGCGAAGUUAUCACCGAGAAUAAUUUCUAUUAUCGAGGCAGAUACGUAUUGGUGUUUGUCUAGAGUAUUGGAAAAUAUUACAGAUAAUUAUAUCCAUGAACAGCCUGGUAUUAUUAGACAAGUCAAUGAUUUACGUAACUUAAUUUCGAAGAUAGAUUUGGAAUUGUUGCAACAUUUUGACAAUGAAGGGGUUGAGUUCAUUCAGUUUGCCUUCAGAUGGAUGAAUUGUCUCCUUAUGAGAGAGUUAUCCAUUCCCUUGAUCAUUAGAAUGUGGGACACUUAUCUUAGUGAAUCUCCAUUGGGUUUUAAUAAUUUCCAUAUUUAUGUCUGCGCAGCAUUCUUAAUCAAGUUUAGUAGUGAAUUGAAGCAUAAGGACUUCCAGGAAAUUCUACUUUUCUUACAGAACCCUCCUACUACUUAUUGGACUGAAAAAGACAUUGAACUAAUGUUAAGUGAGGCGUUUAUCUGGCAAAGUUUGUAUAAAAACGCCAGUGCCCACUUAAGAUAA